AUGGCUCGCUUCUUGCUUGUGGUAUGCCUUCUGGCUCUCUUAGGCUCAUCGUUCGCAAAGAAGAAAAAUGAUAUGGAUGAUUUGGAGUCGUUGCUCGAGAACAUUGAUGAGGAACAAGAUUCUGAUGAAAGUGGUUCAGUUAAGAAAGUAGAAGUAAAGAACCCCUGUGAAGACCACGUCUGCGGAUGGGGAAAAGAAUGCGUUGUGGGAAAGAAAGGUGAACCCAUAUGUGAAUGUAUUUCUGAAUGCCCUGAGCUCGAUGGAGAUCCAAAUGAUAAGGUCUGCGCGAACAACAACGAGACCUUCAGUUCUCUGUGUGAUUUAUACCGUAAUCGUUGUCUCUGCAAGAAAGGUUCUAAGCAUUGUGAAAACAAGCACCAUGCCAAAGUUCAUCUUGAAUAUCUUGGAGAAUGCAAACAACUCAAUGAAUGCACUGACGAGCUCAUGGCUCAGUUCCCAGAACGUAUGGCUGAUUGGCUCUUCCAAGUAAUGAAGGAGUUGAAGAAACGACGUGAGCUUCACAAGAUGGAGUGGGAAGAACUUAUCCAAGAAGCUGAAACUGAUGACGAGAAGAAACAUGUAUACCCAGUUAUUUGGAAAUUCUGUGAUCUGGAUAUCAAGCCACAUGAUAAGGCCGUUUCUCAUCAUGAGCUCAUUCCUAUUACUGCCCCAGUCAUCCCUAUGGAAUCAUGCAUCAAGCCAUUCCUUGAGGGAUGUGAUGCUGACAACGAUGGAAAUAUUUCAAUUAAGGAAUGGGGAAAAUGUCUCGGACUCAAGGAAGGAGAAAUUCAAGAACGUUGCUGA